AUGGAAUCCGAGAGCCGCCUUUGGCGAUUUUCCAAGCCCGAGUGGCUCAAUAAUUCUGCGAUCCGCACCACGGGCGUCUACACCUCUGGUGCGCUGUUCUCGAUCGGCUUCUUCUUCCUCGUCGAUGCCGCCGCAUUCUCGAUGAGCCCCAAGAACGGCUCCAAAGUGCAUGUCAAAUUCGUCGACUGGAUUCCCGGCAUCUGCUCUGCGCUGGGCAUGCUUGUGAUCAACUCGAUCGAGAAGGCGCGCCUGAGCGCCGACAGCUUUAGUUAUAGUGGCGGCGGAGUGGCAUGGAAGGCUCGUUUCGUGCUGUUCCUUGGGUUUGCGCUGCUUGCGGGGGGGUUGGCUGGGAGUGUGACGGUGCUGGUUCUGAAAUAUGUGAUGAACAACUACCCUUUGCAGACAACGUACUUUGGCAUCGCAAACGUGAUUGCAAACAGCCUUGUCAUGCUAAGCACGGUUGUACUGUGGAUAUCGCAAAACCUCGAGGAUGACUAUACCUACAACCUGGCUCUAUAG